AUGCAACAACCAGUGAUGGUCCAACAAAUCGCCAACGAGCUCCAAACUUCAGCCUACUCCUCCUCACCUUCUCUGGCCAACCGCACAAGACACUCUUCUCAUCCUCAACCUGUACGUGCCUCCCCCGCCCCCGCCCCCGCCCCAAUCCCGUCUCACAAACUAAUAUCAAAACAUGAACUUCCAAGAAAAAUCUUCCAUUCUUCAAUAGGUUUCAUCACAAUCUACCUCUAUUCCUUGGGUUCCAUCGAAUACUCUCAUGUGAAAUACCCUCUUAUCUUCGCCUUUCUUGUCCUGUUCCCACUCGACUUGAUCAGAUUGAACUCCCCCACCAUCAACACCCUCUACUGCAAAGCCGUGGGCUUUUUGAUGAGACAAAGCGAAGUCAACCAUUAUAAUGGUGUCUUAUGGUACCUUCUGGGUCUAACUUUCUCCUUCACAUUCUUCGAAAGAGAUAUUGCCUUGAUUUCUGUCUGUCUAUUAAGUUGGGCCGAUACUGCAGCCUCCUCCAUUGGUAGAAAAUUCGGUCAUUUGACACCGAAACUCAUCGGUAAUAAGUCCCUAGCAGGCUCCUCGGCGGCUUUUCUCGUCGGGUAUAUCACUUGUUUGACCUUCUACGGUGUCAUAAUACCCAAAUACGAUCCGAUCAAUAAGCCAGGGAAAUUGAUGUGGCUUCCACAUGAAAAUAAACUAUCGUUAAACAAUCUCUCCCUAUGUGGUGGGUUCAUUGCUUCCUUAAGUGAAGCUAUCGAUUUAUUUGGUUGGGAUGAUAAUUUCACAAUCCCUGUAUUCUCAAGUAUUUUCUUCUAUAUAAUCAUUACCGUUUUCCAAGUAUGA